AUGCCUCAGCUAUUCUGCCUCUCUCUCGCCCUCUCCGCCCUUGCCAGUUUUGGUCGUGCCAAAACACACCCUUCUCCUGCUGUUGCUUCUGCGCGGGAUGUUUGCUGCUGUUGCUUUGGGCUGUUUGCUGCCAUUGCUUCUGUUCGGGCUGUUUACUGCUGGUUGCUUCUGUUCGUUCCCUUGCUCUGCACUCGUCGUUCCCUUGCUCUGCACUCGUCGUUCCCUUGCUCUGCACUCGUCGUUCCCUUGCUCUGCACUCGUCGUUCCCUUGCUCUGCACUCGUCGUUCCCUUGCUCUGCACUCGUCGUUCCCUUGCUCUCCACUCGUCGUUCCCUUGCUCUGCACUCGUCAUUCCCUUGCUCUGCACUCGUCGUUCCCUUGCUCUGCACUCGUCGCUCCCUUGCUCUGCACUCGUCGUUCCCUUGCUCUGCACUCGUCGUUCCCUUGCUCUGCACUCGUCGUUCCCUUGCUCUGCACUCGUCGUUCCCUUGCUCUGCACUCGUCGUUCCCUUGCUCUGCACUCCUCCUCACCCCCCUGUUUUCCCAUCCCCCACUGUUCAUCCUAUUGCUUCCCCAUCCCGCACUGUUCACCCCACUGUUUCCCCAUCCCGCACUGUUCACCCCACUGUUUCCCAUCCUGCACUGUUCACUCUCCGCUCUGGUCUGGAUGAGGCUCGGAGAGCCAUGCUGUCACACCUGCCAUCCUGCCACCCCUCCCCACCCCGCCUUGCGCAGGUGGCCUUCUCUCGCUGCAGGGCGCCGUGA